AUGUCCACUCAACUUGACGCUGCUUCCAUUGCUCGUGUUUCCUUGCACGACCCCAAGCACUUCGAUGUCCAACUCAUCCAGACCGCUCACCGCCUGGCUCUCCUACAGCAUUGGGAUAUUCCAGCAAGCUCCAAAAUCUUGGAACUAGGAUGCGGUCAGGGAGAUUGCACAACCGCUCUCGCCACUGUUGUGGGUGAGCAAGGCACCGUGGUGGCUGUUGACCCGGCGUCGCUGGACUAUGGUGCCCCGUACACUCUCAAGCAAGCACAGGAUCACAUCUCACAAGGUCCGCUUGGCAAUCGUAUCAACUGGGUUCAACAAAGCCCUCAGGACUAUCUCUCUUCCCUCACUUCAUCCAGCGACGCCAAAGUCUUUGACGCAACAGUCCUUGCUCAUUGCCUGUGGUACUUUUCCUCCCCCUCUCUCAUUCUAGAAACCUUCCGUGCCAUCAGACAGCACAGCAAACGUCUUCUCCUUUCCGAAUGGUCCCUGGAAGCAACGAAUGCUGCUGCCCGGCCUCACGUUCUAGCCGCCCUCACUCAAGCAGCGCUAGAGUGCCGUAAAGGCGAAGAGAGUAUCUCCAACGUCCGCACUGUUCUGGGCCCAAAGCGCCUCACAGAACUCGCUGUCGCGGCCGGCUGGAAACUGAAGAAGGAGAGCCGCGUGCAGUGCGGCGAAGGUCUUCAGGACGGACAGUGGGAGGUUUCUGCCUGUCUUGGAUCCGGUUUUGCGCGUGAGGUAGAGGAGCGUGUCAAGGAUGAGCGGGAGCGCGCCGUGGUCUUUGCGUUACGUGAUGCUUGCGAGGCGAGUUUGGACGGUGUGCCGGGGGGUAAGAAGGGAGUUGCUGCCAUGGAUGUUUGGGUCGCGAGCUUCGUCUGA